UCUGUUUGACAAAUGCGCUGCUCUCCCAGCGGCCCCCCUUCCCUCUCUAGUCUACUGUCCUGCUCGGUUAUAACGCUAUUUCUGCUGUCCGCUUCAACAAGUCUCGGUGAAGCUUUUUCAAAAGCAGUCUCUUCCUCAAAGCUUCGUUUGCUGUAGGCCCGGAUGGCUGUCCGUCUUCUCCGAUCCAUGGCCCCGUGUGCAUCCAUGGCCCUGCUCCAAUGCAUGCGCUCCUAUAAGACCGCACGGCCACUCCUAAUACUGACUACACCCGCUGCGCUAGGAACGUGCCGAAGUAAGAAGACAUGGCCUAAAACGUUCCCCGAGGAAGAGCUGAGGAAGCGUUUGACCCCAAUGCAGUACCAUGUUACUCAGCAGAAGGGCACAGAGAGCGCAUUCACAGGAAAAUAUGUAGAUAAUAAAGAGGAGGGAACUUACCACUGUGUUGUUUGCGGUGCACCUCUUUUCAUGUCUGAAAAGAAGUUCGACUCAGGAUCAGGAUGGCCUUCUUUUUUUGAUUUGAUCAAUAAGGACGCUAUAGCUCAAACAGAUGACUUUUCAUACGGGAUGCACAGAGUGGAGACAACCUGCAGUCAGUGUGGUGCUCACCUGGGCCACCUCUUCGAUGAUGGACCUCGACCAACAAAGAAACGCUACUGCAUAAACUCAGCCUCGCUCAGUUUCCAGCCCAAAAACAGCGCCACUGAGGAAGUUGAAGCAUCUGGUGCAGCAGGUCAAUCAUCCGCUAGCAGGAAUGAAGAACUUUAAUAGGACUUGGAAGAAGAUCAGAUCGACUCCAAAGUCACUCCAACUGUCGAUUCCAAAUCAAGUGAGCUGUGCAAUCAUGCUUAGCAACAUUGGUCUGAAUGAUGGGUCCUUCAAAGAUCACAAUACGCAAUAAUAUCAGUGUUCAGAUAUCAGAUUAGAAUGGCCUUAUGUUUUCUCCUAAACUUUUGCAUUUUAAUUAUUGCGUCAUUUGAAGAACUCACUUCACUUUCAUAAAAUUUACUCCGCUAAACUGUUAUUUAACACUCAGUGGUGGUUUUAAAAUAUAGAUAAAUAUAAUAUUUUUCUUCUACAAUGUGUGAGACCAAAUCUGGGGUUUUAAGUGAACCUUUUCAAAUUUUCUUUUCAUUUAAAACAAAGGCUUCCAGAAUACUUGAGUACAAAGAAACAUCCCUGCAGGCACAGGACGUCAACAUGAUGUCAUAUUGACGUUGUAUCCCAACGUACCCAAACAUCAUGGGGACGUAGGAUUUUGUUUGGAAAUGAAAAUUGGGUUGACGUCAAACCUAACGUCAGGCCAAUGUCAAUGUCAAACCUAAAAUCAACUAAAUAUCAUUGUCUAAUCAUGUUACACCUUGACGUUGUGUAGAUGUUACUACUAUGACAUCUAUCAGACGUUGGAUUUUGGUCACUUUCCAAAACAACUUCAAAACCAAUUAUCAACGUAAUUUGACGUCGUUAUAGGACGUCAAAAUAACAUUGUCCUUAGAUGCUGGCUAAACAUUGAAUUCUGGUCUCUUGACGUCAUGACCUAAAUCUAACCUUACAUUAAUGUCUUUUGUUGUGUGCCUACUGGGUUUGUGAUGGAAUGGUAACUAGAACUAUUUCGUAUUCUGCACUAUGACUCUGUACAGACGGUUAGACCUUCCAUUUGAAGAUCAAGACUCUUUGGGUUAUUUUUAAAUCAUGCUAAAGAACAUGAUAGUACGGUCGACGUUGAAUCUUCCUUUGAAAUUUUAACUCAAAUUGUUAUUCUGAUAAUAUUUUCCAUGCAUUUUUCACUAGUGGUCUCUGACUUUCUGGACCCCAUUGUAUAUUGAAAGCCUAGUCAUUGGAAACAAAUUAUAGAUGUGUACUUUCUCAGAGCGCUGUGUUGUUUUUGAAGUGACAUGUGAUACAGGGGAGGUCAAGAAGUUUGGAGAAAAUGCUAUGCAAGUGCUCCUGUGAGCAGUAAAAUAAGCACCGGUCUGAGAACAAAGCAUUCUUUGAAAUAAAAUGGAACAGAUGACAAAUGUUUAGUCUGAACACAAAUGUA